CCUGCCGUAAACCGAGGCAUGUCGCAAACACAGGACGGGUGCUGCUGCGCCCCGCCGGGCUGUAUGGGGAAGCCGUGCUCCCCGGAGCCCUGAGGCCGACUCUUACGGUGUCAUGUCGGUGCUAGCUGUGUUGCGGAGGUCCCCGCUCUCCGUGCUGAGCUGUGCGGCUCGCAGGGCGGGCGGGAGUCGGGACCGGCUGCCAGAGCUUUGGGCCCGGAGCCGCCGAACUGAAUGGCCAGCGCCGUGUGCCCGGCGAGCGAGUGCGGACUCCCGGAGACUUUUGCCCCGGUGCCUGACCCUCAGGCCGCUGCACUCACCCCUACGCCCCGUGCCGCUAGGGGGGCAAAUCAGCGCGUCAAAGAGCCGGCUCAAGUCUGACAAACCCGCCGUAGAAAACCCACCAGGACACGGGGAGGACGACAAGGCGAAGGGCAGCCUCACGGAGCUGUAUGAAAAUCCGUGGACGAUUCCAAACCUGCUGUCUAUGACGAGGAUCGGACUGUCGCCCGUUCUGGGCUAUCUCAUUGUGGGUGAAGAUUUUAACAUGGCGCUUGGCAUUUUUGCUCUCGCGGGGGUAACGGACUUGCUGGAUGGAUAUAUUGCACGUAACUGGGCUAAUCAGAAAUCUGCGUUAGGAAGCGCCCUCGAUCCUUUGGCUGACAAAAUACUCAUCAGCGUCCUGUAUGCUUGUUUAACGUAUGCAAGUCUUAUUCCAGUUCCCUUAACAAUCAUGAUCAUUUUAAGAGAUGUAGCCUUGAUUGCUGCUGUUUUUUAUGUACGGUUCAAAACCCUCCCUCCACCAAGAACAGCCAGUAGAUACUUUAAUCCUUGCUAUGCGACUGCACGACUGGAACCAACCUUCAUCAGUAAGGCGAACACAGCCGUUCAGUUAAUUUUGGUGGCAGCCUCUCUAGCAGCGCCAGUAUUUAAUUUUGUGGAUAGUGUUUAUCUUCAGGCGUUAUGGUGUAUAACAGCUUUUACAACUGCUGCCUCUGCAUACAGCUACUAUCAUUAUGGACAACAAACAGUGAAGAUUUUGAACAACAAUAAAUGAACAACAUAUAAUAAAAUUAAUCCAUGAGAAGAUCAAAUGUGUAUUUAAAAACCAAGACUUUACCAGAACUCUCUUGUGAACUUGAUUUAAGCUAAAUCACAGAUUGAUUACUUUAUUUAUACUCUAGAUGUUCAAUAUUUGAAUUUUGAUACAAUAAACUUUUGGUGGAUUUUGACAUUUCUGAAAAAUGGCUUCCAAGAUAUUAUUUCACGUCUUAUAUCUUUGGGUCAACUUAACUUAUCCAUCUAACAUUCAUUUUUUUUUUUUAUUUGUAAAACUUCAUCCACAAGUUAUGGAGGUUAGUGGUCUUUAGCUGGCCCUUCGGCAUUUCUCUUUUUGCGGUUCUAGUGCCUUUUCAUUCUUUAAUUACUGUAAGAUUUAUAUAAUCAAAGCGAUGUAUGCUGGCUGGAUCAUUCUAGCUGGUUUUAAAUGAGUAAUAACCACUUCCGAUUAAUGUAUUAUAAUAAAUAGAAUUUUCUAAC